AGGGAGAUUACUCUGACACCAAUGUUGCUAACUAAAACAAAACAAUCAUCUGGCAUUUCUUGUUGCUCAAGACCCCUUAAUUUCUUAAUUUACUUUAAUAUUUACACUCUAAACUAAUAAUAUUCCUGGAGUCGGCAGUUACAAUCUGUUAGGUGAUCAUCAUGGUCCUAUUAAAGACUUGGAACUGAACAGAACAAGAUCCCUUAACGGAUUAGAGCAAAGUGGAAGGACAUAUAAAGACAUAGGGUACAGACUCCCAGACAACAUUGAAAUGCAUAGGAAACUAAAAGAAGCGCAGGAUCAAAUCAAAAGCUUGGACAUUCUCCUCACGGGGGCCAACAAACAAAAGGAUAUGUUUGAAAAAAUUUAUAAAGUCUUGGAACAGAAGUUGUCUUCAGGUGAACAAAAUCUGAAAGAGCUAGAAAGUGAAAAGAACAAAUUAAACAAAGCCAUUUCAGAAUUGCAGAAGGAAAAUACAGAUUUGGAAAGCAAAAGAGCCAGCGCUGAACAUGAGAGCCAUGCUAUUUCUGCUCAGCUGGAAAAGGAAAAGAACACUGUAAAGAAUCUACAGAAAGAAUGCUCGUCACUUCAGUCUUAUGUCUGUAAACUUCAGAAUGAGGUGAAAGAACUAGAAUCAGAGAAAAUCAAAUUAGCCAAAAUCAUUUCAAAGUUGGAAAACACUAAAGCUAAUUUGUAGAAAGAUAGGGAUGCCAUCUCUUCUUGUUUGAAUGAGGAAAAAGAAAGGUAUAAGAAAGAAUGUGCCACUUUAAUGUCAACAAUAACACAGUUGCAAAGGGAGGGGAAAAUCUAUGAUGAGGAAAACAAUAAAAUGGACAGAACAAUCCAAGAGCUAGUGACAAUGAAUGCCAGUCUAGAGAAAACUAAAGAUAUCAUUGCUACUCAGCUUGAAGCCGAGAGAGACAAGUCACAGAAAGAGUUAAAAUCAUCCAUAUCAGUAUUACUAGAGGAAUCAGAGGCAGUUAAGCAAUAGAAUAACAGAGUUACAGAAAGAGACAUUAGAAUUGGGAAAGAAAUUAGAAAAUACUGAGCAAGAGUUUCAAUCUGUUUCAGCCCAACUUUUGGAAGAAAAGAGUUCAGUCAGCACUAUCAAAGAAGAAUGCUCAGCAAUGAAUUUUACCAUUUAAAAAAGGGAAAAUGAAAUAGCAGAUUUCAAAAACUGAAAAAAUUAAUUUAGUCCAAGGUUUAUCAGAGUUAGAAAACGUAAGAGCUAGUCUUGAGAAAGACAAAAAUGGCCUCUCUUCAUGCAUAGAGGAGGAAAGAGAAAAGUCUAAAAAAGAAUGUUCAGUUUUAAUGUCAUUAAUAACAGAACUAAAACAGGAACGUGAACAGUUUCACCCGGAAGUGGUUCAAUUAAAAAUAACAAUUGAUGAGCUAGAGAAAAAAAAUGCUAGCUUAGAGAAUGAUAAGAAAGCUAUUUCUUCCCAAUGGGAAUUCGAAAGAGACAAAUCACAGAUUGCACUUGAAGAAUCAGAGGCAGAGAUAGAGAAAUUGAAUGCUAUGAUAUCAGAGGUACAGAAAGUGUCAUUGGAGUUGGAAAAGAAAUUAGAAGAUUCAGUACAAAAGUGUCAAGCGAUUUCUUCUGAACUGAAGGAAGAAAAGAUCUCAGUCAGCACUUUCAAAGAGGAGUACUCAUUGAUGAAGUUAGCUGUUUCAUCAAUGGAAACUGAAUUAGCAGAUCUAAAAGCUGAAAGAACAACUUUAGUUCAGACUAUGUCAGAAUUAGAAAAUGCUAGAAUCUGCCUUUCUUCUUGCCUUGAUGAGGAGUCAAAGAAAGACUUAUCAAUUUUAAUGUCAACAGUUGUAGAGCUAAAAAAUGAUAUUGAAUAUUUUCAAGUGGAAAAAAAUCAUUUAAAUGAAGCCAUCAAUGAGUUAAAGAUGAAAAACACUGGGUUAGAAGAAGAUAGAAAAGCCUUGUCUUGCAAGCUGGAAGAUGAAAAAGAAAGGGCAGAGAGACAUGUAGCAGAAUUAUUGGAAGAAAAAGUCAGACUAAAUGAUAUUAUUGCUCUUUUGCAGACAGAGUCUUUAGCAUUGAAAAAUCAAUUAACUAAUUCUGUUCAAGAAUGUCAAGUUCUUUCAACGGAACUGAUUGAAAAAAAUGUGAAAUAUUUAGAAAUGAAGUCAACUAUCUCAAGAUUGGAUGAAGAAGUUACAUAUUUAGAAAAUACAAAAGCUAGCCUGGAAAUGGAGAGGGAUAGCAUCUCUUCCAGUAUGAUGGAGGAGCGAGAAAAGUUUCAUAACGAAUGUUCAGUACUGACAUCUUCAAUCUUAGAAUUACAGACCACAGUAACAAACUAUGAAGGCAAGAACAAUGUCUUGAAUAAAACUGUACUAGAACUGCAAUCUAAAAAUGCUCAUUUAGAAAAUGAUAUGAAUAUCAGUUCUUCCCAGCUAGCUGAUGAAAGGGAACAAUUCAAGAAAGAAUGCUCCGUUUUGAACUCAUCAGUAGCAGAACUGACGCAGAAGCUUGAGCACUGUGAGAAUGAGAGAAGUAACUUGAAUCAAACAAUACAGGAGCUCAAGACUAUGAUUGUCCAUUUGGAAAAAGACAAGGAGGCUUUGUCAUCACAGCUGGAAGAAAACUGGAAACUGAUUGAAAAAAUAGAGCCUUUCAGAGAUGUCUUUGAUAAUUUUCAAAUGGAAAAAAAAUUCUUGUUGGAAAGAGACAAAUAUACAAGUGAGCAAAUGGAAAGAUUGACCAAAGAAGCCAUUAAAAACAUGGGUCAUCAAAACCAUCGCCAGAAAGUCAAAUAUGUGAAGACUUUAAAAAAGAUUGCUCCGGUGAUUGCUACUGCACAAUGUGACUCUUCAAAAAUGACACAGACACCUGGUGAACCAAGAAUUCCUUUUAAAGGAAAAAAAAUGCUGUCUGAAUCUGAGUGCAUGUGCCCACUAUGCAUUAGCUUACUCAUCCAACCUGUAACGUUCCCCUGCAAUCACUCACUGUGUUUAAAAUGUUACAAGGAAACAGUGGAAAUAGCCAACCUCUCAUGCCCAGUCUGCAGGAAGCGCAUUUCAGUUUGGGCCAGAAAAGCUGCCAAGGAAAAUAAAUUGAUAAACAUGGAAAAGUGGACAGACAUCCAAGAGGCCUUCCCUGAAAAAGUGAGGCGCAGGCUGGAAGCCAGUGAAGAAAGCGACAGUGAAGAUGAUGAAGAUGAUUUUGAAGCCAAGGAAAGACGACAUAUUUCCUGUCAUGGAGAAAUCAGACAAGAAUAUGAAGCUGCUAUCCAGCAGAUUCAGCAAAGAAAGGACGAAGAGGCAAAGAAAGAGGAGGAGGCCAGUAAAGCACUGGUUGAAGCUCUGCAACAGGAAGAAUUAUUGUCAGAGAAAGUGGAAAUAGAAGAGAAAGCACUGGUGCUUGAAAAGAAAAAGUCUAAAAAAAAUAGCCUCUUUCUGAAUCCAGUUGUCAGAUUAAAGAAGUGUUUAAAAGCAGAGGAAUUAGUGUUGAGUUGGAGAGCUAACAACUGUCCUUCUGGCACUGAAACUUUCCAUGACUCUUCCCAACUCACAGAAAACAGAUCAGCUAUACCUGCUGGCAAUAGUUCAGUUCAGACUGAUGACCUUAGGUUUGUAACAAAAUUACAAGAAUUUUUUGACUUAAUGGAUAAAAAAAGAAUAGUGGUGGAUAGGUCAAAAGGAUCCAGAAAUGAAUAUACAUUGCGUAGAAAGCAUAAAUGUGAUGAGUGACUGUUACAUUGUGUUGUUGAUUGUUAUAUGUUGGGUUGAGUUUUUUUUUAUGUUUUAGUAAUGUUUUUGUUGUUGGCUACUUUUUGAUACUGUCACAUGACCCAUAACAGUCUGACCUUUUGCACUUACCUAUACUAUUGAAUGACAUCGUCAUACAAAAUAACAAUUUAAAAGAAAGAAUAAUUAUAAGUUAUGUUAUUUAUCAGCCUCUAGGCAUCAAUUUAUUGUUUAUGUCCAGAAUGUACAGAAUGCUGUGUAAACAUAUGAUGUUAUUCUAAACACAGACUUAUUGUUCUUUAGUUGUUGAUUCCAAGUGCUUCCUAUUCUAUCUAGAUCACAUGUUUUUGAAUUAUAUUGGUCUAUAUAUAUAUAAAAAUACAUUUCAAUUUAUUGAUGAUUCUAGUUAUCCAUCAUUUGAAACCUUUCAUUUACUUUUUUUUACUGCUAAUUAUCAAACAAAAUUUCUAUAUUACAUGUAUGAUCUUUGCAUAGUCUAUGCCAAACAUUUACCCUGUAUUGUCAUGUUAUAUUUGAUAUUUUCAAAUAUCUGCCAAAGCCUUAAAGAGAAAUACAUUCAUUUAUCUCUGAAGGUAAAUUUAGCAUUAUUUGCUAAAACUUUGCAAUAAAAAACGCUAUUUGAAAAUUAUUUGAAAAUGUCUAUUUUAUUUUUUUUUAACUUUUAGCAAGCAUUGUUUAUUAGAAUACUAUCAGACUUAAUCAAAAUACAUUUUCAUAAACUAAAUUGAACUAAAACUUUGACAGCACAUUGAUUAAAAUGUAACAGACUUUGUUUUUGUCAUGCCUUUUAAUAAAAGCCUUAAUGAAAAAUGCCAUUUGUAAUU